UGUAUAUAGACAUACUAUGACAUUUGAUAUGUUUCACUAGCCAAUAAAGCCCCUUUAUUUGAAAUUGAACAAACGUGUAACGCAACAGCGAGGUAAAUAUUAAAAUCACGGCGGGUAACAACCGCAUAAAGUGCAUGAGGGACAAUACCUCAAAUAACUCAGUCGACCAUGACGUUACAGUAUCUCGAUCAAUCAACACUGCACAUUUGCAGACGGAAAGCUGCUUGAGCCAAUCGUAUCCCUUCAAAGGGCGGGUUACUAGCUAUUUGCAAGCACUUCUUGCACACGUCAACACUGGAAACUGAUGGUUGUAGUUACCGACCUAACAACCAACUUUUCUCCAAUCACUUUUACUUUUUAACGAUACACAUGGAAAGUAAUAUAUUUUUUGAAAAACCAUGUCUAUAAGCCAAUGUUGACAGUAGAGUUUUGUUUGUCAUUAUACAGCAUAGUUAUCGAGACAACAGACCGAAACAAGAAGAGAGCAACUCUGAGUGAUGAUAAACAAAGCAUGAUAGCUAGCAAGCUAACGUUAGAUAAUGAAUCCCUGUGAGGUCAUUUGAGUAAUGUUUUAGCAAGUUAACCGAAAAGACAGUUAAGUUUUCAGUGAGACGAACUAGCAAAAUGGAUUACAAGAGCAAAAAGUCCACUCUGUCCGGGGAAAAAUCACAGAGGUCUGGUCACAAAAGUGACAAGCCACAGCAGAACAACUCGACGUCAAGAGUUGAUGCUGAUCAUGGUGGUGAGAUCAUUCACUGUCCUGUUACCAAGAACAUGAAACACCUCCUGGAUGAGUUCAAGGGGCUGUAUGAGGAGAGGUUGAGACGCCUAGAGUUUGAUACAAGAGGGGGCACAAAUGAGGACAUUUUACAGAUGAAGGUCCGUAUCCUCCAGUCCUAUGUGAACGACUUGGGUGAACAGAACCAAGUGCUGGUCCAGACAGUGGAGGACCUGGAAACAGAGGCCAAUAACAGAGUCUGCACCAUAGAGGCCAAGCUACGCACCUCUGAUCAAAUCAUUCAUGAACUGGAGCAGCAGAGGAGGGUUCUGGAGGAGAGUGUGUGUAGUCUGCGCUCUGAGAACCGGGACCGGAAGACUGACAUGGACUCCCUCACAAACUUCAUCCAACAAGCGAGACACCAACACACCUUGGUCGUUUCUGGGGUCACUCUAAGGACAGGCUCGUUGGAGAAGAUGAUUGAAACCUCGACUCAUACCCCUAUGAGUCCUAACCUUGAGGUAGAGGAUCUGAGGAGCCAGCUGAGGACUAGAGACAGAACCAUCCUUUGUCUGGAGAGAGACAUCAAGACCUUCCAACUGGAGAAUAACACACUCAACAAAACUGAGGUGGAGAGUGUCAGGGAGGAGGAAGAGAGACAGAGGAGGGAGAUUCUGACUCUCAGACAGAGAGAGAAGACUCUUCUAUCAGAGCUGCAGACCCAGGAGAGGAGGCUGUGUGAGACCCAGAGAGAGAGCAGAAUGAGGGUGGAGGACACGGCUCGGCUACAGUCUCAGCUGCAUCAAGUCCAGAGCUCUCACACGCAAACUAUGCGCCAGGCGGAGGCCAAAAUGGUGGAGGUGAGGACCGAACUGGGUGAUGAGUAUGGGAGGAGACUGGAGGAGAAGGAAGAACGAAUGAAACGGAUAACCGAAGACCUGAAUAAUGUGAGGGAGAAACACACCUCCGCCAGGGAUCAGUUGAGGAGUACAGAGGGUAUUCUCCAGUCUCUGAGGAUGCAGCUACAGGACAGAGACAGUCAGCUGGAGAAUGCUACUAACAAGAUCUUUACGCUAGAGAACUCUCUGAAGGAGGCUGAGGAGAGUUGUGUGGCUGCUAAGACAGAGGUCCAGACUCAGACUACACUACUGGAGGAGUUGAGCAGAGAACUGGGGAGACUCACACUGGCUGAGAAUACAUCUGUGAAUGAGCGUGGGGAGAUGCUGAGACACAUGAAGCAGGACCUGUCUGCUCUAAAGGCCACUCAGGACUCACUAAAGAGAACACUCAGUAUGAAGGAACAACACACACACCAGCUAACACACGACAACACACACCUCCGACAAAACCUGGACACGCUAAAGAACAAGAUCCACAAGAAGGACAGCAAGCUGUCUGUGUUAUUGAAGGAGUUAACAGAGGUUAGAAAGAACUUCUCUGACUGUAAAAAAGAGUUGCUCAGUAGAGAGUCUGCAUUGGCAAAACAGCAGGAGGAGACGGCUCAGCUGAGAUCCAAGAUGGAGGACUGUUCCAGUCAAUGUUCAGCUCUGAACAGGGAGAAAGAGAGACUGGAGACAAUCCUCACACUUACUAACCAGAAACACUGCACCGCACAAGGAGAGGUGAGCAGUAGAGACCAGGUGAUUCUACAGUUGAGGAUAGAGCUGAGUAAAGCGGAGCAGAAGUAUCAAGGGACACAGGAGGAGCUGGCCAUGCUGGAGGCUGAGGUCAGCCGUCUGAACCAGAAGGUUAAGGGUCAACAGGAAGAUGCAUGUCUUCUCAGGCAGAUGGUCAGAGAGGGGGAGGGGCUUAGAGACCAGGAAGUGAUGGAACGACAACAGAUACAGAACGCACUCUGUAUCGCACACCAACAGGUGAAGUCCCAGACCAUGUCUAUAGAGCAGCUAACAUCUGAUCUAGACUCAAUGAAACAAAACCACAGAGCCGACACGGAGCGCUGGAGCCACAGGCACUUCCUGCUCAGCAGCCAAUUAGAGCAGGCCUCCUCUGAGCUAAGCCAAGCCCAGGCUGAGGUCAGAGAGCACGGGUCAGAGGUCACAGACCUGAGGGGAAAGCUCCAACUGGCAGAGGAGGGAUACCAGGAGGCUCUGGAGAAGGUUGAAGUGGCUAAAGGGUUGGAAAACACACGAGACACUGAGAUAGAGCUUCUGAGACAACAACUGACAGACCUCAAGGAGGACCUGAGUGAAACCACGUCCAGGACUCAGGGCCAGGAGGAGAAGGCGGCCAUCUUUAAACAGAAGUACUGCGUUGCCAUGGAGAAGGUGCAGCAGCUCCAGGGACACAUAGAGUGUGUGGAGGAGGAGCUCAGAUACACACAACAACAGCUGACUGAAUCCAAGGCAGCGGUAGACAGGGUUAAGGCGGAGCUUACAGAGCUGGAAGGGCGCUACGAAGAAAAACUUGGCCAUUGGGAGCGCUCAGAGGAAGCCCUGGACCAACUGACUGACGAGCUGCAGGCCAAUCAGAUGGCUCUGAGGGAGGGGCGGGAGAGAGUGGAACAGUGUGAAGGAACCAUACAACAUCUACAGCAAGAGGUGGACACACAGAACACUCAGAUAAUAAAGUAUGAGAGUUCUCUGAAGUCCUACCAGCAGAAUCACUCCUACUCUGAUGAGCAGUAUUGUGCCUUACAGAGACUACAACUGCAGAAGCAAUCCACAGAGCAGGUAGAGCGCUUGGCCAAUUGCGAACAGGCCCUGCUACAGAUGAGGACAGAGUAUCUUCGCAGGGAGGAGGAACUAGAGAAGCAGAGCCAGGAGAAGGCGGGGCUAGAGAGGACCCUGCAAUCUCUUCACCUGGACAUGGCCGCCUCCCACCGCAAACAUCUGGUCACUCACACACAGCUGGAGCAGGAAGUGACACAGCUACAGGAGGAAGUGACACGCCUACAGGAUGAGCUGGUCGACACCCACGACACCUGUACACAGAGACAACAGACCAUCCAGGGGCAGGAUGUCUUGCUCCAGCAAGUUGAGGAGGACCUGAAGGAAACCAAGCUGCUCCUUCAGAGGAGAACCAAGGAUCUGAAGGAGGAGAAAGACUGGGUGCAGAGGCUCAGAAAGGAGGCGCAGGAGCAGAGAGAGGAGGAACACAGACUUGGUGAGGAGGCCAGGGAGAUGCUAAAGAGGAGAUGCAGGGAGCUGGAUGAAGAGAAAGAGGAGAUGAAGAGGAGAAGCAGGGAGCUGGAAGAAGAGAAAGAGGAGGUGAAGAGGAGAACCAGGGAGCUGGAGGAAGAGAAAGAGGAGAAAGAGGAGGUGAAGAGGAGAACCAGGGAGCUGGAGGAAGAGAAAGAGGAGGUGAAGAGGAGAACCAGGGAGCUGGAGGAAGAGAAAGAGGAGGUGAAGAGGAGAACCAGGGAGCUGGAGGAAGAGAAAGAGGAGGUGAAGAGGAGAACCAGGGAGCUGGAGGAAGAGAAAGAGGAAGCGCAGACACUCAAAGAGGCCCUGUUGGAACUACGCAGGAGUCACAGACAGACAGUGGAGGAGCUGUCAUGUCGUGGGGAGGAGGUUUGGCGGUUGGAGGGGAGUGUGAGAGAAGGAAGACAGGCAGAGGAGAGGAGGAGGCUGACAAUGGAGAGGCUGGAGAGGCAGUCUGCAGAGCUGAGACUGGCCCUACAGCAGGCCAUGGAGAACACACUCAACACACAGAGAGACAACCACACAACACAGGAACAAGUGAAGACAUUGGAGGAGGAGAACAACUCAUUGACCAAUCAGGUGAGGACUUUGGAGGAGAAGUACAGCUCGUUGACCACUCAGCUGCUGAGGUCACAGAGCCGGGGCCAAGACAACAUCCAGCGGCUAGCCAAUCAGGAGGAGCGUCUGGUCGUACUGAGGACAGAGUCAGAGACGCUACAGGAGAAAUACAGCAGCAAGGUGCAGGAGCUGGACACACUGCGGUUGGAGGUGGAGGGGGCGUACUCUGACAACACACACCUCCGCCAGGAGAGCCAGGUGGUCAUGGCCAACGUCAACCGCUGGGUCAAAGAGCAGAGGGUUGCCAGUGAGAGUCUAGCUGCUAAGAUCAGAGGUCAGAACAAGGUGCUGCUCAUCAUCAGUGAGGAGAAACAACAUCUUCAGGAGGCUAACAGGGCCCUAGAGGAGGAGCUGAGGAAAUUGGGAGAUGAGGGGGAGGAGAAGGAGAGAGAGAUGGAACGCUUAAAGGCCCAGGUUCAAGACCGGGGUCAACAGCAGGAGGAGGAGAGGGAGAGCUUUGUGACCACCAACCUGAGUAGGAUCCAGUACAUGCAGGUCAGACUGAGAAGCAACCUGGAGGCUAUAGGCUUGCUCAACAAACAGCUGAGUGCUCUGGGAGGAGAGAACGAGAGAUUGCGUCUGCAGUUGGAGGAGGAGAGAGCAGAACGCAGACGAGUGGAGCGACUGAUACCGCCAACCAACCACCGGAGGGGUACCUCCCUCCUUCCCCUUUCCCUCACCCACGGGUCUUCCUCCUCCCUUCCCUCCCUCACCCCCUCUCUGGAUAGAGACACAGGAUACCCUCCCCCUGCCUCCCACCUUUCCCCCUCCCCUUUUCACCACCCCCCCAGCCACAGCCCCAGUCCCAGGCCAGGGGAGGACAGUGCCCUGACCCGAGCAGAGUUGAGCGUGGCUGGGCCGCGGGAGCCAGGCGAGGCCCAGGCUGUUAAUGAGGCCUACUGGGUGAGGAGGGUGGGAGAACUAUCAGUACAGUUGCAGGGCAGAGAGCUCUACUGGUCAGGUAGGAUCAACCAACUCGCUACAGAGAUACGACAGACUAAGGACGCUUCGCCCCUCACCUGACCUCCCGCUGACCUCUAAACCCUGUUCCCUGACCCCUGACCUCUAAAGCCUGACAUCUCUUCCUUGUUUGGCUGUUGUUUUGGAUGGGUUCAGUUAUGAAGCCAUAUCAUUGUCUCUGAUCACUGUAUGACUGUAUACCAUGUGCUGCAAAUGUUGGCAUUUACAUCUAUUUUGAGUUUGCGCGUCAUUUGUGGUUAGUGCCGUGUGUGCGUGUUCCUGCACUCGUAUAGUGCCUUGUAACAUGGAGAGUACUGUAGUAAUAUUGAUAGUUAUUGUUGUCUCUCUGAGUUCCAGUUUGAUAAUAAAUCCAAAUGUUAAAAAAAUCCUGUUUUAUGUUUAAAGUUGUCACUGAAAGCCAGAUAGUUGUCACUGAAAGCCAGAUAGUUGUCACUGAAAGCCAGAUAGUUGUCACUGAAAGCCAGAUAGUUGUCACUGAAGGCCAGAUAGUUGUCACUGAAGGCCAGAUAGUUGUCACUGAAGGCCAGAUAGUUGUCACUGAAAGCCAGAUAGUUGUCACUGAAAACCAGAUAGUUGUCACUGAAGGCCAGAUAGUUGUCACUGAAAGCCAGAUAGUUGUCACUGAAGGCCAGAUAGUUUUCACUGAAAGCCAGAUAGUUGUCACUGAAAGCCAGAUAGUUGUCACUGAAGGCCAGAUAAUUGUCACUGAAAGCCAGAUAGUUGUCACUGAAGGCCAGAUAGUUGUCACUGAAGGCCAGAUAGUUGUCACUGAAGGCCAGAUAGUUGUCACUGAAGGCCAGAUAGUUUUCACUGAAAGCCAGAUAGUUGUCACUGAAGGCCAGAUAGUUGUCACUGAAAGCCUGAUAGUUGUCACUGAAGGCCAGAUAGUUUUCACUGAAGGCCAGAUAGUUGUCACAACGCCAGAUAGUUGUCACUGAAGGCCAGAUAGUUGUCACUGAAGGCCAGAUAGUUGUCACUGAAGGCCAGAUAGUUGUCACUGAGGGCCAGAUAGUUGAGACUGUAGGCCAGAUAGUUGUCACUGAAUGCCAGAUAGUUGAGACUGUAGGCCAGAUGGUUGAGACUGUAGGCCAGAUAGUUGUCACUGAAUGCCAGAUAGUUGAGACUUUAGGCCAGAUGGUUGAGACUGUAGGCCAGAUGGUUGAGACUGUAGGCCAGAUGGUUGAGACUGUAGGCCAGAUAGUUGAGACUGCAGGCCAGAUAGUUGAGACUGUAGGCCAGAUAGUUGAGACUGUAGGCCAGAUAGUUGAGACUGUAGGCCAGAUAGUUGUGACAUGGAAGCCAGUGUUGGCUAAACAAGACCUACAUGUGACAGAAAGGGAGGGUGGGAUUCACUGUGAUAAUGAUAACGGCUGAACACAUAACAUUAUCUGUCCUCAGACCUCUCUCUUUCCCUCUCUGUCUAUUCAAAGAGAAACAUGGAGGCAGCCACAGACUCUUUCCUUCUCUCUCUCUCUCUCUCAAUUCAAUCCAAGGGGCUUUAU